AUGAUAAGGUGUACUGAGAGGGAGAGACUUGCUCUUCUGGAUUUCAAACAAGGCCUUGUGGAUUACCAUGGAGUUCUGUCUUCUUGGGGAAGUGAUGAUGAAUGUUGUAAUUGGUUGGGUGUUCACUGCAACAACAACACCGGUCAUGUAACCAUGCUUGAUCUCAAUGCCCAUAAUCUGAAUUCAUAUCUGAGUGUCCUCAAGUUUAGUCCAUCUCUACUUGAACUGAAGCAUUUGAAUUAUCUGGACCUUAGUUACAAUGAUUUUCAAGGGAGUCGUAUCCCCGAAUUCAUUGGUUCUUUUAAGAGAUUACGUGUCUUGAGUCUUAUGGAUGCUGAGUUCAGUGGUACAAUUCCUCCACAACUAGGGAACCUUACAAAUCUUCGAGUUCUAAAUAUUUCUGAAUAUUAUUAUAAUUUGAAAAUGGAAAAUCUUGAGUGGCUCUCUCAUCUUUCCUCUCUAAGAUCUAUUUAUCUAAGAGAUGUUGACAUUGAUUUAAUUGAGUCAUCAAAAUCCAGAGUCACCCUCCCUCCUUUCCUUGAGGAACUACAGUUGCAACACUGCGAACUCCAUGGGUCUUUGCCUUUCUCGCUGAAUUCUUCUUCUCCAUUUCUUUCUGUUGUUGAUUUUUCUUACAACUAUAUCAACACUUCUUCGGUAUUCCACUUGUUGCGCAAUGCAAGCAAAAAACUCGCUACCAUCGACCUCUCAGGAAAUUACUUUGAUCAUGCAUUUGGAGACAUGGAAAUUCUUGAGAACCUUUAUCUUGAUUCUAUUAUCACGGAGGAUGCUGGAAUUUCAAAAUCUUUUUGGAAUUUAACUCAUCUUCGAAUACAAGUCUCUACAAAUCUUAGACUUAUUGAGAGUGAAUUCACUGGUGAACUCCCUGCAGAUCUCAGCACCAGAUUUACAUCUUUGAGAGAAUUGCGCGCAAAUAAUAACCAGCUAAAUGGAUCAAACUUCCGACUACCUUCAGGUCUUGAAUAUUUAGAUUUGUCGAACAAUCAAAUUACAGGACAAAUUCCAGAUCUAUCACAUGCUUCGUCCUUAAGAGUGCUUGAUCUUUCAGAAAAUCAAAUUACAGGACAAAUUCCUGAUCUAUCACAUGCUUUGUCCUUAAGAGAGUUAUAUCUCUAUGGAAAUCAAAUUACAGGACAAAUUCCUGAUCUAUCACAUACUUUGUCCUUAAGAGAGUUACAUCUCUAUGGAAAUCAAAUUACAGGACAAAUUCCUGAUCUAUCACAUGCUUUGUCCUUAAGAGUGUUAUAUGUCUCUGGAAAUCAAAUUACAGGACAAAUUCCUGAUCUAUCACAUGCUUUGUCCUUAAGAGUGAUAUAUGUUUCUGAAAAUCAAUUACAAGGGGGCUUACCAGAGACUAUAGGGAAGCUAUCAAAGCUUGAAGAAUUGCAUGCCUCAUCAAACCUGUUAGAAGGAGAUGUAACUGAAGCCCACUUCUCAAAACUUGCCAACCUUCAAUUCUUGGAUUUAUCCAAUAAUGUAGCCUUGUCUUUCAACUUGAGCAAUAAUUGGAUUCCUGCUUUUCAGCUCAGAUUUUUAUUUUUGGCAAAGUGCAAAGUAGGGCCUCAAUUUCCAAAAUGGUUACAAACUCAGAGCAAAUUAUUAGAAAUUGAUAUUUCGUUUGGUGGUAUUUCCGAUAUAAUACCCAAUUGGUUUUGGAACAUGUCCCAGAGUUAUUACUCCUUGAAUUUGUCAUACAACAACAUUGGAGGGAGAUUGCCGCACUUCUUACCUACUAUCGUUGAUUUGGGUUCUAAUAACUUUUGGGGUCCGAUACUCAUAAAUCUUCAAGCAGCUUCUUUACUUCAUCUCUCAAAUAAUAAGUUUGUUGGGUCAAUUUCCUUCUUAUGCUCAAUUAGCUCGGCUAUUUCUUCUAUUGAUCUUUCAUAUAAUCAACUCUCUGGUGAAAUUCCUGAUUGUUGGAAUAAGAAUUUUGUUUUUGAAUUGUCUAUUCUCAACCUUGCAAAUAACUGUUUCUCGGGGAAGGUUCCACACUCUUUAGGCUCCCUAUUAAAACUUGAGUCAUUGCACUUGAGAAACAACAAUCUUACUGGGGAAUUGCCUUCCUCACUUCAAAAUUGCACAUCAAUGAGUGUUGUUGAUUUUGGAGGAAAUAAGUUUACAGGAAGAAUUCCAUCAUGGAUUGGGGGAUCUUUGAAAAAUUUGCUCAUUGUUAGCCUUCGACAUAACAAGUUCUACGGGAACGUGCCUUCAAGUAUUUGUCAUCUCAAAAGCAUACAAAUCUUGGAUCUUUCUAAGAACAAAUUGACAGGGAAAAUUCCACCGUGCUUCAACAAUUUUACUUAUCUGAUGCAAAACAGCAGUUCUGUUGGAAGUACUACGAAGAAUCUAUGGGUGAACAGUUCAUCAUUUCUAGUCAGAAAUGGUUACUAUAUAGACAAUAUUUUGAUUCAGUGGAAAAACCAUGAGUGGGAAUAUAGGAAGCAAUUGGGACUCCUAAAAGCCAUUGAUCUUUCGAGUAAUCGACUGAUUGGAGAUAUUCCUGAGGAAUUUUCUACUCUCAAGGGAUUAAUUUUGUUAAACCUUUCAAAUAACCAUUUGACUGGAAAAAUUUUUGUGACAAUUUAUCAGAUGGAAAAUUUAGAGGUCCUUGAUCUAUCUCAGAAUCAACUCUCAGGUGAAAUUCCAGUUGGCCUAGCUCGUUUGAAUUAUCUUGAUGUUCUUGAUUUGUCGAACAACUUCUUGUCGGGCAAAAUCCCAACGGGCACUCAAUUGCAAAGCUUCAAAGUUUCUUCCUAUGCGGGAAAUAUUGGACUAUGUGGGGACCCACUUCCCAAAUGUUCGGCAAAUGUUCCUCCCCAACAUAAUAAAAUCGAUGACUACCAAGAAAGUGAUACUUUUCUAGACAGGGGUUUUUACAUAUCAAUGGUGUUGGGGUUCUCUCUUAGCUUUUGGGGAAUUAUGGUCACUUUGGUGCUCAAACACUCAUGGAGAAUUGCUUACUAUGAGUUCUUGAAUGAUGUCAAAGAUUGGCUCUAUGUGAAAGUGAAAAUAUAUUUGGGCAGGCUACAACAAAAGCUUAAGCGCACAAGAUGAUUCAAUGAAUGAGUGACAAGAGAUUGAUUAUGUGCAAAUUGGGAUUGAAUAAUAAGUGCAGCAUUACAGACCAUUUGGAUGAAGCACUCUGUUAGAAGCUAUGUACCUUUCCUCCAUUUGUUUUAUAGAAAAAAGUUUGUAUCAGUUUUUUCAAUAAUUCCUAUAUAUGUAUGUUACUAAAAUCUCAUAUGUUUCUCAAAUUCUAAGAUAAUGUAUUAUCAUCAUCUUCUUCAUUAUAUUCUAAUUAUCAAUGUUAUUGUGUUUGCUUGUUCUGCAUUUACAAUCCUGUGAAGAAACUACAUUAUUUCACCUUUUUUUGAAUAUAUUUUACUUAAUUUCUUGGAGUGUCUAUGUUUGAAGGGACAACCAUCAAGACAUCGGGAAAAAGUGGAGUUUGGGGCAAGAACCAAGUACCACAACAUCCACCAUUAUAUUAUGGGUGUGAUUGUCUCCUCUGCAAAUCACAUGGUUGUGGCUGUUAAGCGUGGUCCUAGUGUUAUAGUCAUAUCUCAACAUAAAAAUGUGUAAAUGGAGUUAUUCCAGUAACAUUUUGGUCUAGAUAAAAAAAAAAAGUUUAGAAAUUGAAAUUGAUGUGCACACAACAAUAAUUACUAUUCCCAUUACAAGCUUGGUGGGAGGGUCACGGCUAGAAUUAUUUUAAAUAAAAAGUUAUUUGUCAUUUUAUGAACUUU